GUGUUUAGUGUAAUGACGUGAUGACAGAUGCGUAAAGGGAAUCUGUGUUGUUGUAGGCAUGCCUUGUCCGCGGUGAAAGGUUGAAACGGGGAAUGGGCAGGGUAAAAGACUGCAGGCUCUGCUUUUAAAAGACUCACGUAGAGUAUAAAACUAUAGUUUCUUGCCCAUUGUGAGACGCUCGACACGAGACAGGCUACAUUACGCACAGACGGGGGGAGGGAGAGUUGAUAUUGAAAAGAAAAGAGACUGACCAGUCACAAUUCCAAGUUUACUUCGUCUGGUUGCUUCGGAACACUGCUGAUAGAUUUGGGCAUGUGAGGAACUUUCGGCUAAAUCCGUGAUUUUGGUUUUUGUGCGACAUCACGGGGUGUCAUUGUCACCUUUCUUUUCGUGGCAUUUAAAAGACAUCCACUUUAUUUUUUGCUAUUAUAACGGUACGUGUAAUUUAUAUAUUUACAUUUUAUGUAUUUGGUUGAUGAUGGAAUGCGCUCCCUCUCGGUGACGCAAAAACCUGGACUUUAAGGCAUAUAAAUAUUUCACUCACUAGCUCUGCUUUCCAGUCAGCCUGAGCUUUUUAGGAACUUUUCUGCCUGUGCUUUUUUGAGGCCGCGGAAAUGGGAGCGUGUCAACGGGACGUUGUGUCCGCGCUUUGCCGAAAAAGUUUCCGUUGGAUUGUGCUGCUGCUGUGGCUGACCUCUGCAGCUCAUGCCACCUGGAGGACGGGGCUUUACAAAUAUUCAGCUGGGACCCAACUCAACAGAGAGUCGUCCGCAGCGUCUCAAACCUCUAUUUAUCAAAAAAGGAACUGGUGUCCCCAUACGGUCACUAAGACAGUGACUUGCCAGGUGCAGAAUGGGACAACCCUGCAGCGUGUCUACCAGACAUGUCGCUGGCCACAGGGAUGCACAGGGGGCAGCUACCGGACAGUGGUCAGACCCUCCUAUAAGGUGGUGUACCGUACCAUCAACUCUCUGGAGUGGAAGUGCUGUCCAGGCUACAGCGGCACGGCCUGUGAAGAAGAACCUGGGUCAUACAGACACAACAACACUAACACACACAGAGGAGACAGUGUGGAACUCCACAAAGAGUCAGGAAACCAGCUGGUGGCUCAGGAGGCGGUGAGGAAGCCGUCCACUCUCCGCCGACCUCCUGCUUCUGCCCGCACAGAAGCAGGGGAGCAGCUCUCCACCAAUUGCCUCAACUGUAGUCGAUUCACAGCCCUGACAGACAGACUCCGCUCACUGGAGGAAAAGGUCCAAGUGCUGACCUCUCCUGCCUCCACUUCUCACCGCCACCUACAGGGUGAAGAAGGAACGGCACCGGAGUCUUCCUCACAGACAGGGGCUCCACAAACCAAAGGAGCCCCUGGCAAGCAGGGAUCCGUAGGUCCACAGGGCGAUAGAGGCAGAGACGGUACCCCUGGACAAGAUGGGAAGCUAGGGUCUCGGGGACUGCCGGGCCCCAGUGGCCCCAGAGGCGAGGCUGGGAUGAGAGGCCCUUCUGGGACCCCAGGACUAGUGGGACCCAAAGGUCCAUCAGGUCUCCCAGGAGAGAGGGGUCUACCUGGGCUUCCUGGACCUCCUGGGCCCCCUGGAGUCCCGGCCCCAGCCAGCGCCCGCAUCCCAGAGCCAGACCGGGGUCAGGGCAAGGAGCUGCUCCUCUCCAACACCUUCCCUGACCCACGAGGGAUGCCUGUCCAAGGCCCACAAGGCCCUGCUGGACCUGCUGGUCCUCCAGGCCCCAAAGGCCCCGUGGGACCCCCUGGCCCAGCAGGACAGAACGGAAAGUCGGGUGCCCCCGGGUUACAGGGCCCGGUGGGGCCAAAAGGAGAACGUGGGGAGAGAGGUCCUCUGGGUUAUCCAGGAGAGAGAGGUUUCAGAGGAGAGCCGGGAGUAGCAGGAGCCAAGGGAGAGCCAGGACAGAAAGGCCUGCCGGACAUUAGUUUCAAGAUGUUCCAAGACUUGCAGGCAGACCUGGAGCUUCUGGCUCGCAGGGUGACGCUGCUGGAGGCUAUCAUCUGGCCAGAGCCUGAUCUAGGGUCUGGAGAUGGUCAAUAUGGGACUGCGUCCCCAGGUGGUUUCUACAGGGAUAAGCGAGCAGGAGCCGAACCCUAUCGGCUCGUCUUCCCUCCUCUGUCCUCAGACACCAAGGUUCAGGGGAAGUAGCAUUGUUCCCUGCUGCAUCUAUGAGGAUCACAGGCUGGGUUUAACUACCCCCUCCCUUAGGUCUCUCUGGCACUCUACUGAUCCAGACCUUAUCUGAUACCCUCUGUGGGCUGUACCAUCAGACGAAAGGUGGGGGACACCUCAGGGAAGCUCCACUGGUGCUCCGGAGUCUGCCCACUUCCAUUGGGAACCAGUACCAGCCACCUUUACCCCAACAUACACCUCCUCGUAGACCCAUGGCUCCCCCUGUGUCCAAUCCCUGUUCCCCCUGUGUCCCACCAAUGUGGCUACAGCUAGGAAAUAUUUCAAGAAAAUAUCCUAUAGGCCCCUGGAAAACAUGCAAACAUUAAAAAGCUUGAUAUGUUAAAUGGUGCUCAAUCACCUGAAAACAAUUCUGGACUAUAAGGGUCAUUGCAGGAUAGUAUAAAUUGCGGUAAAUUAAGGGAGGAAUUAAGUGUAAAAGAAAAGACUGGCUCUGAGAAUUUGUUUGGACUGUAACAAUGUUGGGAAUCUGAGGUUUACUUAUUUAAAUAUAUUGAGCAUGUACAGACUAGACUGCAAGGCACACGUACACAAAAAAAACUCUUCCUCUUAUAUUUCUUUUGUUUCUAUAAUAUUGUGUUACUCCUUGCUAUGUAGUGCACUAUAAAGAUGAAGACAUGGCACACCUUUCCUAUUGAGAUGUCAGUUAGUUACCGUGUUAUGGAAAGCAUUGCUUAUCAGUGCACAGCAUUUGUCUUGGUGUCUGAUAACUAUCCCUUUAAAUCAAACAAAUCCAACAAGAGAUUUCAUGUAUUUAUUUUAUUCACAUUUUAUUGUAGAUUUGUUGGUGCACAAAAAAAAUGCAGUUAUGUGUUUCUACACUCUUAGACAGUAUUUGUUCUCAACAGCAGUGCUGGAAUACAAAACUCAUACCCAUAUAGCUAAGUAUCUCCUUUACCAAAACUGAUAUGUGAUCAAAUUCCUGCAUUUAUUUCAAACCCCAAACUGCAGCUCCUGCAUAAACGGGCAGUAGUUGACUUAUUUUAAACCCACAAGCUAAAGCAAUGACAUCUCUAAGAACCCCCACUCAUGGGACAGGUGUAUCUUUCUCCUACAACAGCUUCAGUCCUACGCACACACACCACACAGUAGUACAGGACCUGUUGAUGCAACUUGAAUACAUUUUUGUGUAACUUUGUACCACUAUUACAUUCUUAUACUUAGACUGAUUUCUGCCACAGUAAAAAAAAACUUCUUCUUUGAUAAUUUGUUUCUUUAUCUUAUAAUACAACUUUUGUGAAUUAUUUAAAAAAAGAUAAAUAGAAGCUUAUUGUUUUGUAUGCUGAUAUACAGUAUGUAACAUCAUAUGUAUUUUCCAUUUUGGGCAUAUUUGAUAUUGCUUGCUAAUGUGUUAUUGUGCUAAAAUAAUCUUCUAGAUGGUUUUUAUAAUAAAUAAUUGUUUUGCUUUUUUAA